GAAUUGGGAGUAGAAUUGGAGCAAAAUAACUCCAGCGAGUUUAUUUCCAGCGGAAUUGAUGGACCAGUAUGAAAAGGUUGAGAAGAUUGGUGAAGGAACAUAUGGUGUGGUCUACAAGGCUCGUGACAGAAUAACCAAUAAAACUAUUGCUUUGAAGAAGAUUCGUCUGGAGCAAGAAGAUGAGGGAGUUCCUAGCACAGCUAUAAGAGAAAUCUCGCUGUUGAAAGAGAUGGAACAUGAAAACAUUGUCAGGUUACAUGAUGUCGUGCACAGUGACAAACGUCUGUAUUUGGUCUUUGAGUACCUAGACUUAGACUUGAAGAAACACAUGGACUCUUGUCCGGAGUUCUCAAAGGAUCCUCAUCUUGUAAAAAUGUUCCUAUAUCAAAUGUUACGUGGUAUUGCUUAUUGUCAUUCUCAUCGAGUUCUGCAUAGAGAUCUAAAGCCCCAGAAUCUGUUGAUAGAUCACCGUACCAAUGCUCUUAAGCUUGCAGACUUUGGAUUGGCCAGGGCCUUUGGUAUUCCAGUCAGGACAUUUACACAUGAGGUGGUGACACUCUGGUAUAGGGCACCAGAAAUUCUUCUUGGAUCCCAUCAGUAUUCGACUCCAGUUGAUGUGUGGUCGAUUGGUUGUAUAUUUGCUGAGAUGGUGAAUCGAUGUCCACUCUUUCCUGGAGACUCUGAGAUUGAUGAGUUGUUCAAGAUUUUCAAAAUAAUGGGAACUCCUAAAGAAGAUACAUGGCCUGGAGUGACUUCUCUGCCCGACUACAAGUCCACUUUUCCAAAGUGGCCUCCACAGGACCUUGCAACCAUGGUUCCAAACCUUGACAAAGCCGGCCUUGAUCUCCUGCAUAAAAUGCUCAAUUUGGACCCCUGCAAAAGAAUUACAGCAAGGGCUGCAUUAGCGCAUGAGUACUUCAAGGAUAUAGGAUCAGUGCCAUAAUCCACCUCCAAGAAACACAACCUCGAAGCUCGUUAUGCGAAUAUGCAUCGUUUAUAGGUGAUGUUUUUUUCUUCCUAUUUCUUCUACUCAAAACAACGUUUUACGUCACAUGAAAUUGCUUUUCUGCAAAGUCAAAUUCGAAUUUGAUUGUUUUUUCUUUUUCUGAAACCAUAAUCUCAGUUCAAAAUAGAUAAGAUUUGGUGCAAGUGUUGGA